CUCGCGAUCACGAAACCAAUUAAUUAUGUUACAACUCAGGUUUCACUACCAUCAAAGAUACCUGGGAUACCUUAAGGCGGCUCUGUUCGACGCCUGCGAUGUCGAUUUACAUCCCACUCCCUAUCCCAACUCACCCAGAGGCUUCGUCACCACCACCAGCACUUUCGGAGAAGGAGCAGGCUUUAUAUGACGUUGUCCUCGAACACUUCUCUGCCGCAGAUUAUACGCUUCCAGAUAUCAACCAGGAAAAGGCCGCACUAGUAGUGGAUGAAAAGUUUUGGCUAUCAUACGAAUGUCUGCUGAGAUACCUACGUGCCACAAAGUGGGAUUCGAAUGAGGCCAUCAAGCGCUUGGAAACCACGCUGAAAUGGAGACGCGAUUUUGGGAUUUACGAUACCAUCACACCUCAACAUGUUGAACCAGAGGCAACGACUGGCAAAGAGUUCCUCUUUGGUUAUGAUACUCGAGGUCGACCUGCCCUCUACAUGUGCCCCUCAAAGCAGAAUACCGAGGAGUCACCACGUCAAAUCCAUUAUACUGUCUGGAUGCUCGAACGCGGCAUCGACCUUAUGGGACCAGGUGUUGAGACCCUUGCGUUGAUGAUAGAUUAUGCGGAUAAAGCCAAAAACCCCUCAAUCGGCACGGCUCGCACAGUACUCAACAUUCUCCAGACACACUAUCCAGAACGUCUCGGUCUUGCACUCAUUGCACAUCUUCCUUGGCUUUUACACGCGUUCUAUAAACUAAUAACGCCAUUUAUUGAUCCCAUCACUCGGCUGAAGAUGGUAUUCAACCCCGUCAUCACUAAAAAUGGUCUUUUUCGGACGGCUGUGGAUGCUGAAGCCUGGAGUGCCAAUAGCGAAUCACGGGUAUUUGAGCCGGACCAGCUUGUGCAGGAGGGUUGGAAUGGCUCCCAACCGUUUGUAUACUCCCAUGUCGUUUACUGGGAAGCGUUAGUGAAGCUAUGUGAGCAGAGGCGGUCUAGGAUGGUUGCGGCGUGGCAUUGUAUUGGGGGAAAGGUCGGUACUAAGGAGUGGGAAGUUAAAAUUGCCGUUAGGGACGAGACGAUGAACGUGCAGGUAGAUGCAGAAAAUGUGCUGGUGAAGAAUGGCCAGUUACAGUCCUGAGGGGACAGUAAACACUUUAUUGCCUGUUUGCUGUUUUCUGACGCGCUAAUCUCGACUAAAUCUAUAAAUUUCGAUGGAGCGUGGAGCCGUGGAUGCAAAUGUAUGCACGCGACAGGACAAGUCAGAAAGUAAGCUAUC